AUGGCAUCAAGUAGUGAAAUGAACACUGGUGAGUUAAAGAAAGGUUUAUGGAGUCAUGAAGAAGAUCAGUUGUUGAUUUCUUAUAUCAAUAGAUAUGGCAUUUGGAACUGGUCCCAGAUGCCAAGAUUUGCUGGUUUGGCGAGAAGUGGGAAGAGUUGUAGACUCCGAUGGAUGAAUUAUCUGAAACCUCACGUAAAGAAAGGAAGUUUUUCUAAGGAAGAAGAAGAGAUCAUACUCCAAUCUCAUUCGGUUCUCGGCAAUAGGUGGUCUGAAAUUGCAUCAAGACUUCCUGGAAGGACCGAUAAUGACGUAAAAAACCAUUGGCAUGCUUAUCUCAAGAAACGUGCAAACCAUCAAUACGACAUGACUCCGAAAACAACCGAGCAAAAUGAUGAUAGUGUCGAGCUGAUACAACAUCCUACUAAUCAUGUUAACAACAAUUUUGAGUCUUGCUUGACUUCAUAUGAUAAUACCUUCUUACCUAGCAGCAGUACUACUUCUGCAUAUCAAGGUGCAAACCAUCAAUAUGACAUGACUCCGAAAACAACCGAGCAAAAUGAUGAUAGUGUCGAGAUGAUACAACAUCCUACUAAUCAUGUUAACAACAAUUUUGAGUCUUGCUUGACUUCAUAUGAUAAUACCUUCUUACCUAGCAGCAGUACUACUUCUGCAUAUCAAGGUGCAAACCAUCAAUACGACAUGACUCCGAAAACAACCGAGCAAAAUGAUGAUAGUCUUGAGAUGAUACAACCUCCUGCUAAUCAUGUUAACAGCAAUUUUGAGUCUUGCUUGACUUUAUAUGAUAAUACCUUCUUACCUAGCAACAGUACUACUUCUGUAUAUCAAGGUGCAAACCAUCAAUACGACAUGACUCUAAAAACAACCGAGCAAAAUGAUGAUAGUGUCGAGAUGAUACAACAUCAUGCUAAUCAUGUUAACAGUAAUUUUGAGUCUUGCUUGACUUCAUAUGAUAAUACCUUCUUACCUAGCAGCAGUACUACUUCUGCAUAUCAAGGUGCAAACCAUCAAUACGACAUGACUCCGGAAACAACCGAGCAAAAUGAUGACAGUGUUGAGAUGAUUCAACAUACCGCUAAUCAUGUUAACAACAAUUUUGAGUCUUGCUUGACUUCAUAUGAUAAUACCUUCUUACCUAGCAACAGUACUACUUCUGCAUAUCAAGGUGCAAUCCAUCAAUACGACAUGACUCCGAAAACAACCGAGCAAAAUGAUGAUAGUGUCGAGAUGAUACAACAUCCUGCUAAUCAUGUUAACAGCAAUUUUGAGUCUUGCUUGACUUCAUAUGAUAAUACCUUCUUACCUAGCAGCAGUACUACUUCUGCAUAUCAAGAAGUCAACUUUGUAGAUGAUUAUUAUGAUACUGGUUCACCAGGAACGGUUGAUGAACUUCAAUGUUUCUGGCUACAACUUUACUGUAACGCCUCGCUUUUCGCAUAA